GCUCGCAGCCUGGAGCGUAAGGCCAAGGCAUUCCUAGAGAAGGGUGUUGUCCAGAACCCAGUUGAAAAGCUCAGCGAUGACACUUUCCUUGUACGGUCUUUUGUGCAAAAUAGCAGUGAGAAGUAUACUGUCAAAGCAGAAGGCCUACGUAUAGAACAAUGUAACUGCUCUGGUUAUUACAAGAGUGACAACCAUGGUUGCAAGCAUAUGUUUCUCGUUCCUCUCAUUCACACACAAUAUUCCGCCCGUACACCUAUCACCACCUAUGAGAAUACCAUUUCCAUCCCAUCUAUCCGUGGUGGCUCACCAUCCCCUUCUGCAUCCUCUUCAUCUCCAUCAUCUCGUCCGUCUAAUACAUCUUCCACGCCAUCCACGCCAUCCACGCCAUCUACCCCAAUAGAUCGUGUUACUGAAAGAAAAGAAAAGCUUGCCAGAGAUUUGCUGGCCUUGAGCCGUCAAGUUAAGACAGCUUCCUUUUCAUCCACCAGGAAUACGAUCGACCGUUUUGAUGAUUGGUUAAACCAAGUUGAAGAACUCAAACAAUCCAUCAUCACCCAAUCCUUUCCUUCCUCCAAUGCUCGCUUCCGUAAACAGUAG